GUCUUCCACUCAGACUCAAGGCUUACUUGGGACCAUGCUAUUAUCUACUUCGACAUGCAUAUCCACUUUCAAAUGCUAUACAUCAUCCCUGACCCUCUUUCCUUCGUUCUGAACAGGCUCCCUUCCAAAAAAAAAAAAAAAAAAAAAAAAAAAAAAAACGGCCGUCCUAAAGUUUCCUGUAUUUGGUCCGUUCAUUAG